AUGUUAUCUAAUGCCACUGCCCAUAUUCAACCCUAUGAUCAGGGAAUUAUUAAUUCGUUUAAAUACUUUUAUAAGAAGAAUUUUAUUAGUAAUAGAAUUAAUGCAUAUGAUUCUGUAUCUGAUAAUCCAAAUGAGAACCUGCCAGACUUUACAAUCCUUGAUGCAAUUUAUAUUGCAGCUGAUGCUUGGAAAAAACAUUAUAAUAUUGAGAAUGAGCAAGCUCAUGAUUUAGAUGAUAUGAUUGCAAGACUCCCAAUUGAUAACCCGCUUAGUGCUGAUGAAUUUAUACAUCUUGAUGAUGUUUUAUUAAUUGAAGAAAUACCGAAUAAUAUAAUCUUAAUUGAACAAAUUCGCUGUAAACAAGAUGAUGAGGAUGCUCAAUCAGAUGAAGAAGAUAAUAGUACAACAGUGUUAUGUAAAUUUUCUUUAAGGAAGAAAAACAAUUUGUGA